AUGAUGACCUACGGUGCUAAUCAUAAAAAGAUCGCUAAAAUACUGACACAAGUCUUGAAAGAUUACGACAAUUUAUCUCCUUACAAAAAUCUUGGAGAAGUAAAUGUUGCUGUGCAAUAUAUUAAAAAAGUGAAAAUAUAUUUGAUAGUUGCGGUUCCAUUAUCAUUUUUUAACGAAACUAUGUACUUUUUCAAACCGCUCUUAGAAAAUAGUUUCAAAGUACCUUCUUCAACCGAUUCUCAAAAUGUAACAACUUAUUUUCUUCCAUACAGCAUAGCUUUUCCUAUUGAAAAUGAUAGAGAUUACUGGUUAGCUUUUAUUUAUGAAAUUCCUUUGUGUUACUGCGCUGGAUUCAGUCUCGGCAUAGACACCAGCUUAAUGCUUGCUCUUCUGGCUCAUGUUUGCGGACAAUUAGCAUUACUAUCUGAAUGUGUUUUCCCUCAAAUUGCUCAGGAUACAGAUACAUUUUCAAUCAACACAUCUUUUUAUAUUGAGAGACACAGCAGAUUAAUAAGGUGA